GCGAGCUCAGACCUCCCGGCUUGGCUCGGCAGGCGGUGAUAAAAUGACCACUCCAGGACCCCACGGUGCUGUUCCCGGAGGAGCAUCCGCUGCAACAGCGCCUCCUUCCUACGAAGAGACGAUGGCUAUCAAUAGUUAUUAUCCGACUCCCCCCCCUGGGCCCGUGCCAGGAGUGGUCUCUGGGGCGGACGGGAAGGGCAUGAAUCCUCCCGCGUACUAUUCUCAGCCUUUGCCCGUUCCUAAUCCCAAUGCCAUUGCGGUUCAGACUGUGUAUGUGCAGCAGCCCGUCUCCUUUUUUGACCGCCCCGUCCAGAUGUGCUGUCCUUCGUGUAACAAGAUGAUAGUGACCAGUCUCUCCUAUAAUGCAGGCGCCCUAACUUGGCUUUCAUGUGGCAGUCUUUGCUUAUUGGGAUGUAUAGCCGGCUGCUGCUUCAUUCCCUUCUGUGUGGACGCCCUUCAGGAUGUCGAUCACUAUUGCCCAAAUUGCAAAGCUCUUCUUGGUACCUAUAAACGUUUGUAGGGCCGAGGCAAGGGUGAUCAGUCUGCCUAAAAAGUUUGAUGAUGGCUUUUCAAGUCCUUCAGAAGCUUCACCACAUCCACAGCUGAUGAUGGUCCGCUCUUUGGUGGUCUGCUCUGAUUUUUUCCAGUUGGUCCAUUGAGAGGAAAACCAAUCGACCAAACCCAAACCGACCCAAACCCCCAACAACCUCUGAACCGAUGAACGUAGUGCGUGGAGGACUUGAAAGGACAUACAGAGACAUUGGUUUGGGUGUAGGAUGCCAAUGUAUGAACCAAAUCAUUCCUGUCUUUGACUGAUUGCUGGCUUAUUUAAGAUUGAUUUUUGAUUGGCAGACCCCUUCUGCCUCUUCUGUUAGCACCUUUGUUGAUGGUCUUGACGCAGAAGUCCUGGGUUGCCUUGGUUUUGAGGCUGAAGUGGCCAGAAAGAGACUGAACCAAUCCAUAGUGCCUACAGUUUGUCCCUCCCUGGGGCAGAAUCUUGGUUUAGAGACCUUAGGAGAUGCUACGCUCAGAUACUAUUCAAUUAGGGACUUUUUAUGAGCACAAAAAUACACUUUAACUUUUUUAUUGUUUUUUUUUUUUUAAAGGAGGGAUAACCUAAUAAUUCUUAACACAAGGUGCUUGCUAGUAGAUACAUUUCCAUGAGUUUGUGAGAGCUUGUCAGAAUUAGAAUUCUUUAUUAUUCCCUACUUCCUCAGCUAUAGUCAAGUAGCCAGAGCUUUAGCAUGUGAAGUGAAUGGGUCCCUCUGAUCCAUGAAUUUCUUAGCAAUUAAGUUGUUUUGUUUUUUUUUUAAUUUUUAAAGAAACUUACUUUUGGAUUGACUUAUCCCUAUAAGUGACUUCAAAGGAAAUGUUUAUCAGCCCAUCUUGAUUAAUUCUAUGAAUGACAUCAUUCUUACAUAUGCCAGUGUUGUAUCCCUUUUUAUUAAAAACAAAUACACAAAUCAGAAACACAAAACCACGGCCUUUCAUUUGGCUCUCUGCAACUGUCAACAACUUCUGCAGUAAUAAUUUUAAAAAAUUAAAAACUUUUGGAUUCUGAGGUUAUUUUUUGAUAACAUGUGAAAAUAUGGCUUUGAUUUGUAGCUAUAUCAUAUUUUAGGAACCUCUUUACAAGGAAACCUUGGGAACCCGAUCUACUUCAGAGAAAUCUAGACUUUACUCUUAUUUUCACUCAUUAAAUUAGUUCCAACAAAUUGCAAGAUGUGAUUGUUAAGACUCAGUUAUCCAACUGAUAGCCCUCUCACCUAAGAAAUGUAUUGUGUUUAAAAUCAGCACACAGUAGUACUCUGGUUUCAAGAUUCCCUUACUCAGUAUUCAGCAAAAGCAAAGGAAAUAUCUGGAUGAUAUCUGCCUAAAAAUCAGCCCUGAAAUGUUGGAUGAAAGCUAUCCAUCCAGCUAAAAUUUAUAAUAGUUAUACUAAUGAUUAGGAUGGCUUAUUUUCUUCAAGUGUGGGCGAAACCCCAUCUUGCUUCCAAAGUAAUGUUGAAAUGUAUACAGCUUUCUUGGAGUACUUUAGCUUUUAUUUACAGUACUUUGGCCUUUUAUUAAGCUUUUGAUUUACUUGGUGAGCAUUUUAUAAAAGGCUCCUUGUGGGUUUAGGAAAGGUUUCAUAUUAUGUUGCAGCUGUUGCUUCCAGUUCAUUCUCAUUCUCUCUCUCUCUCUCUCUCUCUCU